ACUUGGACCUAGUGACCUGGAUAGAGCGCGCCUCUGCGGUAGUCUCUGCCGGUGUCUCCCCGCAGUCAGCCGGCAGUACUGUACCUCAGUCGUAGUGUGAUAGUGAGAGAUCACGGAUACCACCACACACACACGUGAUGAACAUGUCUCACAGUCGGCUGUUGCUGUCAUGAUGACGCGAGGAAGGAUGAAGACGAAGAUGACGAGACUAUUGUUGUGCUUUGUGGCAGUGUGGUGUUGGGGGGUGGUCGGGGCGGGGACACAGGGAGCGGAAGAGUUGGAGUUACUGGACCUGGUGGACUCUCUGUCCAGACAGGACGAGAUAGUGGUGAUGGAAGGGGUGAGGAUUAAGAGGGCGGGUAAUGCCACAGUGGAGGACACUGUAGGGGAUGGACGAGGAAGUGUGGAGGACCGAGUGUUGGACAAGCUGCUGGGGUUGACGAAGACCCACGUGUUGGACGUGAGAGUGCCAGAGGUGGUCAGGGGUGCCAGACAGCUAGCAGAGAACAUGCCUCGUUUCGGGUUCGGCAAGAACUCGUUUUUGACGGGAUUCGGGCUUGGAUUCCUCGCAUUCGGGUUGAAGAAACUAUUGCUGCCGCUGUUCAUCGGUGCGCAGGUCGUCAAGUCGGUGCUGCUAGCCAUGUUCCUGCCCAGCAUCAUCGGCGGUAUAGCCAAGCUGAUGGGGAAGGGGCUGACGUCAGUAGCGCAGAGUUCCAGCUCUUCGGGUAGCAGUGGAGGUGCUGAUACCAUCAGCGACUUCGACUUUAAAGACUCGGGAGCCGGUGGAGGCGGCGGGUACGACAGCCUAGGAGCAGGUUCUGACGACUCCAACACAGGGGUGUGGACCUACCCUCCGGACAACAACCUCGCCAGACAGCCGUUCCCUGCCUACACCAGCUCCGGGCUAGGGGCCUCAUCCAGCGCCCUCAAGCAGCCUCUAGACAGGUUCCAGAAGUACUCCUACCACGAUACAGUGGGCGCUGGAAUGAAGCACUUCUACUCGCGUGACAAGUUGCAGGACUUCAAGGUGUUCCACAACAUCCCUGCCAGUUCACAGCUGCUGGCCAACUACGACCCGUUCUACAGCCCCUUGCUGUCACGCCUGGACAGCGUGUUCCAGCAGUUAGGCUUGGGCCACGGCCAGGAGCCUUGCAGGGAACGGUUAGUCUGUGAUAUGUACAACAACCCUGCCAAGUUCGCACCCUUCAGCAACCUCGUCUCUGCCCAGUUAAGCAGAGAGCUGAACGAGUUGAGGAAACCGUCCACCGAUAACCCGGAGAUCUUGAGGUUCUUCCGGUACAUGAAGGCGGCCAAGGACGGGCAAGACGGGGAGGUGUGUGAGCGCGUGUACGGGGGCUGCGCCCUCCCUCUGGACACCCAGGGGCGCCCACCUAUGGUCACUACUUUCAACGACAUCAACAAACUCGUCCAGGCCCGCAAACUGAAAAUGUGAAUUUGUGAUCACGAACCGCUUAAUAUUCGAGGCUUGUACCAUUGUUAUUGUUGCCCUGAUCAAAGAACAAAAUUAAAUUAACUUGUAAAUUCCGUGAUCUUUUACAGGUCUUCUCAUGGAAUCCCUAAACGUGUUGGUUAGUUUACACACCCUUUAGGGUUAAUAAAUUAAUAUUGGUAAAUAUUAUACUUUACAUACUCAGGAUAUGCUAUUAUAGUAAUUACUUAGCUUUAUCUCACGGAAAAUUUUCAAAUUUACUUAUCAAAACAGUAUUCGGCUUAUAUAUUCAACCACACGACGGUGUUACUACCGCCAUCUAACUUUUAACCUGAAGUAUGCUGCUAAAGCUCUGAUGGAAGUAUUGUUGUGAUGCUAACAUUCUCUUCAGCUCUUAUUGCUAAACCUUGAAGUCACAAACUUUCAUGCGUCUAAACGAAUAAUGAGAUUUGGAAACUAGAAUGUAUUACAUAAAUUUUCCUUUUUAGUCGAAAUACUUUACUCUUCGUUACCGCAACACUUAUAAAUACAGAAUUGUCUUGGACUGUAGAAUCAGGUCUGGUAAUUUUCAAUCUCCGCUCGUUUUGCAAGGUUGUAGGAGAUAAUUAAAUGUGUUUAUUUUGAUGUCGAACGAGAAAUAUAGUUUAAGUAAGAAUUAGACUUAUAUUAGUACACUAGGCGUCUGGGCACUUAACCUGAUAGUAGACUACAUGCUCUAGAUAUAAGACCAGGACGAAACCAGAACCACUAUUUCGAUGCGUUUAGGGCAACAGUUUAUAAAAUAAAUUAACUUUAAUAAAACUGUUAUACUUUUAAGAUAAAAUGUCAAAUACCUAUGCAUUAGGUAUAAUAUUUGUAGAAAAACGUUUAGUGAGGAUUUUGUACAGCAUAAACAUUACGUAAAAUUCAUUAAUGUAUGAGAGUGCAGUAGGCUAAACUAUUAUUUAUUUAUGUGUGUUUGUAUUUAUUGUAUGAUGUGUACAGUUAUGUGUGUAUAAUAAAUCGUAAGCCCAUU